AUGGAGAUCCAAGAAGAUAACGGAGAUCCAGAAGGCCCCCCCACCCAGGCCCAGGUCUGCUCUGGAGAAACCCUCUCCACCCAGGCCCAGGUCUGCUCUGGAGAAGCCCUCCCCCCCACCCAGGCCCAGGUCUGCUCUGGAGAAGCCCUCCGCCCCACCCAGGCCCAGGUCUGCUCUGGAAAAGCCCUCCCCCCCACCCAGGCCCAGGUCUGCUCUGGAGAAGCCCUCCCCCCCACCCAGGCCCAGGUCUGGUCUGGAGAAUCCCGCCCCAAAAAGCCCUCGCUUUGGAAGAGAAUUAAGGGUUUCUUCAGAAAGAAAUUCAGACCCACCAGAAGCCAAGAGGAGUCUGAUGAGGAGGCGUCCACAAGAGACGAGGAACCCAAACCGGACCGCUCUGAUAUGAAUGAUGAGUUCAAGGACACAUUCAAUGACUCAGAGAGUGAAGGCGUAUCCGACAGGAAAGACCUCGAGAACCAGCAGGGGGGGUCUGACGGUGAGGCUUCGGCUACAGGAGACAACGGACCGAACCGUUCUGAUAUGAACGAUGAGUUCAAGGACACAUCCAGCUCGCAGAAACCAGACAAUAACUCAAAAAGCGAAGGCAACCACAUCAGGAAAGACCUCGAAAACCAGCAGUGGUGGUCUGAUGAUGAGGAGUCAACUUCAGGAGACAACGGACCGGACCGCUGUGACAUGAAUGAUGAGUUCAAGGACACAUUCAGUGACUCAGAGAGCGAAUUCGGGUCCGACAAGAAAGACCUGGACUGGAAGUCUGACAAGGCGUCAAACAGUCAAGUCUUCACCAACGGAUCAGAACAGGACUCUGAAAACAAAGGGGACUACAUCAGGAAAGACCUGGAGAACCAGCAGGGGGGGUCUGAUGAUGUGGAGUCAACUUCAGGAGACAACGGACCGGGCCGCUCUGAUAUGAAUGAUGAGUUCAAGGACACAUUCAGCUCGCAGGAACCAGACAAUGACUCAGAGAGCGAAGACGGGUCCAGAGACCUGGACUGGAAGUCUGACGAGGCGUCAAACAGUCAAGUCUUCACCAACGGAUCAGAACAGGUCUCUGAAAACAAAGGGGACUACAUCUGGAAAGACCUCGAGAACCAGCAGGGGGGGUCUGAUGAAGACACGUUGACUACAAGAGACAACGGACCGGACCGCUGUGAUAUGAAUGAUGAGUUCAAGGACACAUCCAGCUCGCAGGAACCAGACAAUGACUCAAAAGGCGAAGACGACUACAUCAGGAAAGACCUCGACUGGAAGCAGGGGGGGUCUGACGAAGACUCGGCAAGCCAAGGCGGGUCCGACAGUGAAGACGAGGACUGGAGUUGGGGGGACUCCGAUGACGAGAUCACAGUCAGGUCCUUCCCAUGUUGGGACGACCCCCUCGACUGGGAGUGGUGGGGGCUGGGUGGUGAGUUCAGGGGUCCACGUGGGUUCCUGGAAGGAGAGUCCCUCUAUGACGUCUACAAGAAGCAGGGGGGGUCGGAGGACUCUGGGGCCUUCGAGGCCUGGGAGGGUGUAACCGGCGUGCCGUCUCGGCCAGGUCUCUCUCGGAAAAGAGAUUUCCAUCCCAAGGGACAGCCUGAGAUCUCCAAUCUCAGAGGCUGUUGUUCCCCUCAGUCACUCAGACCCAAACACACAGGAAGACCAGGUCCAGGUGCACCAGAGAGCCAGCUGAUCUGUGAGAUCAUCACACUUCUCCAACGCAGAGAUCAGCACGCAGCUCGGUCCAAACCCGCGGGUGCGCUUGAUUCAUCGGCACGGGUGAAGCUGGGCGGAGCUAUCGGAGGACUUUGCAGGAGGAUGAAAAUCCUGCAGAAGGGAGUUAAAUCAAGCGCGCCUGAAGAGAAAUCCCAUUAUUCAGAGAGAGAGACUUCUGUACUGCCUCAGGUGGUAGAGGCCAACGUGAUGUCAGGAUGCCACGACUCCCACCUGACCCACCCCACUUCAGGUUGCCACGGUGAUGCCCCCCCGGCAGCUGAGGGCAGUGGACAGGAAGUGACCCGCAUGGAGGCGUUCCCGGUUCCUUCGGAGUCUGCUUUGCUUUUCACUGAGGAGGAAACGCAGCGAUGGGACGGCAGCUGGAGCCAAGAUGGAGACCUGCGGGCGUGUGGACAGCUCGAGAGGAGGUGGCUCCUCUGGCACGACUUCAUGACCGAACACGCCCACCUGGACGCCUGGCUGCUAUUGGCUGAGCAGGCUGUCAGUUCCCCUGGCCCCGCCCACAUUUCAUAUGUCACCGCGAAAGACGACCUGAGGAAGUUUGAGAGGCUGCGGUGCGAGGCCGGUCCCCGCCUGGUCCAGUUGGACGGGCUGACCCGGAGGAAUCGGACGCUGACUCGGCUGUUUCGGGGCGGUGUGCAGACUCGGCUGCUGGCGGCGGCGAGGCGGUGCGGGCAGCGAUGGGACGACGUGAGCGCCAAACUGGAAUCCAUCACCGGGAGACUGAAGCUUUUUGUCUCGGAGUGGGAGGGGUUUGAGGCCGAGAGGGAGGAGCUAGCUCUCUGGUUGGCUGACCUGGACGUCCGUCUGACGGAUGUGGAUCACCUGACGGGAAACACUUGCGAGAAGCUGCGCCGACUGCAGGUGUGUGUGUGUCGAUGA